AGUCGACCCCGUCGGCGUGUUUGCGCGCGCUGCCGGGGGAGUGGCCUUCACUCGCCUCCUGGACACGCCCCUUUCAUAUCCUCAUACCCCAUAAAGUUUCUCAGUCGGUUUGAAGGCACCGGAAAUAUUAAUUCUUCGGAAUCAACAACAAUGCGAACCAUCUACAAGAAGUGUCUUGGACUGAUUUGUGUCAAUGCUGUUGGCCUAAUGGCCUUGUUUUAUUCUUGGAGCCUUGAGUCCAGCUCAGGAAUUGACUUACGGCUGAGACAUGGAAUUCCAGUAAAAAAACUCCUCGCGGGAAAAAUUCAAGACAUCAUUGGUGGCUAUGAUGACAUUGCCUACCAUAUAAACGAGGAAGUGGCACGUCAUUUGGCACACAAUUCCUGUGUUUGUCGGGCUGAUAAGGACACUCUUCAACUGCCGUUCUCCAAUCUGCUUUUCCCACGCGUGUGGGCCCAAAAAGUCGAUACUGCGUUUUUAGAGUCCCAUCCUGAUCCUGAGGGCGUGAAGCGUCACAGAGCUCAGGAGUACAGCAAAUUUCAGAGGAGGUCCUACAGUCCAGCAGAUGUGCUACUUGUAGCGGAGGCGAACAGUCCUCUUCAGUAUCCCACCCAGGGCGUGGAGGUGCGACCCCUCAAAACAAUCAUCAUUCCUGGUUUGGGUCUUAAAGAAGAAAAAGGAUCAAACCAUAUGGUGUAUUUGACAGCAACUCUCGGGAUAUUUGAUGUUGCUGCUAUGGUGGACAAUGUCUCUGUCACGGGAAAGGGAGAGAAGCACAUGAUAUUGUCGAGUCCGCUUCUCGCUUCUCUGAACAGGCAGCUGCAGUUCGUAUCCUACAGAAACACGGUUUUCCAUCCAAAGACAGCAGAUACAGUUGAGUUUGCAACUGAGGGUCACCGGUCAUUCUUCACCAUUAAAGUUGGACAUGGAACCAUCCCCAGACUAUACAACACUGGCAACCAAAGAGAGUACAAUAUCAGUGCGCUUGUUACCAUCGCCACCAAGACCUUCAUACGCUAUGACAAACUCAAAGAUCUCAUUGACAGCAUACGGACAUUUUAUCCCACCGUCACCAUAGUGAUAGCAGAUGAUUCUGAACACCCUCAGCCAGUGACCGGGCCUCACGUUGAACAUUACAUCAUGCCAUUUGGAAAGGGUUGGUUUGCAGGAAGAAACCUUGCAGUGUCUCAAGUGACCACCAAGUAUGUGCUGUGGGUGGAUGAUGACUUCAUCUUCACUGCCAACACCAAGUUGGAGAAGAUGGUGGACAUCCUAGAGAAGACCACCCUAGAUCUGGUUGGUGGCGCAGUGAGAGAGGUGACAGGUUACACUGUAACAUACCGUCACACCAUGAGUGUGGAGGAAGGGGGGGAGGAGGGCGACUGUUUACAUAUCAGAAAUGGCUACCACCAUGUCAUCGAGGGAUUUCCCGACUGCGUGGUGGCUGAUGCUGUCAUCAACUUCUUCAUGGCGCGGACAGACAAGGUGCAGCAGGUGGGCUUCAACCCCCGCCUGGCACGGCAGGCUCAUCUGGAGUUCUUCAUUGACGGUCUGGGCUCCCUCCACAUUGGCUCCUGCAGUGAUGUCAUUGUAAGCCAUGCAUCGAAGAUCAAACUACCCUGGGGUCAAACAGACGCACAAAAAGCCUACCAAAAAUUCCGCUACGCCGAUGUUGAAAGUAACAUUCAUAAUGAAGACUACUACUUCAAGAACAGGUUCAAGUGCAUGACCAGUAACUGAAACCCCCCAUGGACAGGAGAAGAAGAUACAAACAGACCACAACAGCAACAGCUUUAUACACAGCCAGUGUAGAGCAAUGCAGCUGAAAGCAGCAACCCUACACUGCAGCAGCGUAAAGUACAAAAUUAUGUUGUGUUAUUCAGGUUUUUGAAUAAAUCACUGCAGCUGAACCAGCAGAGCGUUGGUUGGUUGGACCAGUGAAUGCACAUUAAUUGAUGUAGUUUGCGGUGUGUUAUACGAUUAUCGCUUGGUUCUUUUAUGUACAUUUUUCAAGUGGUUUGUUUUAACUUGUUGUUCAGCUUCAGUCAUUGAUACUCUUUUAAAGCUGCCAUCUUUGCCAUGAUCUUUGCCUAUCUCUAUUCCCGUUAAAAUAAAGGUUAAAUAAAAUACAAUAAAACCAUAUUAUUUACAUCAGUGGUUCUCACAUGGUAUAAAUGACGUUAUGAUGAUGUCAAUAUUAAAAUGUCAUUAUUACAGUUUUAAAAGGUUACAAUUGCCUGAUUGGGGUAUAUACAACACGUACAGGGUAUGCAUCGCCCCUACAACGCCUAUAUUUUAUGAUGUACAUUCAUGUAUAUGUAUCCCCUGCUGUCGCCCAAUCGUACCUGGAACAUUAAUGAUUCAUUUACCAAAACUCAGAUUUUCUUCCAGUUUUAAAAUGUGUGGGUACAUUUUAUAUUUUCAGACAUACUAUGUGUAAAAACACUUUGUCUUGAUCCAGCUACUGCCGCUUCAUGUUUUUAAAAGCUUGUUGCACUGACAACAUAGUGUAAAUUUAAGCCACUGAAAGUUCAGGACUUAUUAACUGAGGUUAAACUGUUAUCCCCACAGUAAAAGGGCAUGCUCGGGGAUGAUUUAUGUUUGUAAGACGUUUUUAAAUCUACUGUGUCAUACUGUUAGUGCUACUGUAAGUGCUAAGUGACAAUGUUUUGGAGUGUGUCUUGCUGUGCAAGUAAACUUAAUGUAAAGGUUUUUAAGUGAGUCUUGAGAAUGAUGUGCAAUUGCCUUUCAGCUAAGCUUAAACUUAUUAUUUGCACUUCACUCUUUGAAUAAUUAAAGUGAGUAAAUAAUGAAGGUUAUUGAGCAAUUGAACUUGUGACUUUGAUUCUGACUAAAGUGAGAAUGAAAUGCAACUGUUCAUUAUGUUUGAUUCAUUCAAACAGGCAACAGUGUUUAUAAAUUGCAAUGCUGGCCUAAUGCAAGAUGGAAAUAUGGACAAACCAUUGAUCAAAUAUUGAAUUUGAAAUGCUGAUUAGCUGGGUAUAUAAUGGGUUAUAUAUACAUUUCAGGAUUCAUUUUCAAGUUUAGUAAUUGUGAUAUGGAAUGUUUUAUCUGAACACAUUGAUAUAUUUUCUGAAAGUAGGUGGUGUCCAUCACUCUAAUUGUAUAUCUUUGUAUUUUUUUUAAUAGUAAACCAUGGUCUACAGUGUCGAAGGCUUUUUUUGAGACGCUACAUAUUCUUGAGUUGGUAUUGCAGCUGUAUUUCUUCUACAAAUUACAAAAUUAUAUCUGCAGUAAUAUCAAGUUGUUCAAACAUUAUCUCCAACUCAACCUACAACAGUGAAAGUAUGCUAGCACAUUUCUGCACUAAAAAUAUGAUAAUGUCAUGCUUUACAUUGUUGUCUUGGUACUUUUAUUUGACUAAAGGAUCAGAGCGUUGAGAAUAUGAGUUUGUUGUUAUGGUGACAGCUGACUGUCACUGGAAUGCCAUGUGAGUAUACUGUAAGGAACCUGCUGGGAGACUGUCGUUUCAACAUUUCACCACAAGAUGGAAACAAAAGACCAGUCAAAAAUGCCAUUCAGUUGAAUGAUCUUAUUAUCUACAUGUUGUUACCUAUUGGUUGGUGCCUAAAAUUAUCAUUAGUAGUCGCUUGAAGAGGAGAAGUAAUACCAGUUACAGUAGAAGUACUGUAAUAAUAGUAGUUGUAGUAUGAUUUCAUAUGAAUAAUGAGCAGUGUUGCCCAGAACGGGGUGUCUUUUCCACUACAUUUAAUUUCUUAUUUUUUGCCUUUGCUGUAUAAGUUGAAGACCGAUUAAUAAAAAAUCAUUGUAAUUUCUUGUAAA